UUGUUUUUAAGAAGGNAAAUAAAAAAAAAAAAAAAAAAAAAAAAGGACCUUUCAACCUAAAGAACAAAGGCCGAAACAGUUAACCCCUCCGUCGGAGCUCAGAUCACGAGCUACCGUCACCCAGAGGCUAAGUGACUGUGAGCAAAAGAGAAGAGAAGAUGGUUGGAGUAGAAAAGAGAUCCGAGAUGAUGCAUAAUCUCUUCGGCGAUCAAUCCGAGGAAGAAGAAGAGAUCGAUUCCGAACAUGAAUCCAAUCCUCAGCCUAAUUACGCUUCCGAUGAGGCCGAGGGAGGGAUGGAGCCUGAAGGAGAAGGUGAAGCUGAGGUUGAAGUUCACGGUGAGGCUGAAGCUGAGUCUGAUGGCGAACAGGGCGAUGUAGAACUUGAUCCUGGAGAAAGUGAGGGUGAGAGAGAGCAGAGUUCACAGGAGGUUGAUGUUGCUGAUCCACAUGAGGAGAGUGAAGCAAGAGAUAGUGAUAGUGAUAACAAAGAAGAAGAAGAACAUGUGGGUAGAGUAUCCAAAAACAGGAGACAGGCUGUUGUUGAGAGUGGAUCAGAGAGGUCUGGUGAAAAGCAUUAUGAGUCUGAAGAUGAUGAGGUUGAUCAGACUAGGAGUCCAAGAUCACCUAGUGAGGAGAAGGAAGAGGCUCAAGUUGCACAGUCAGACGUAAAUAUUCGUAACGUAUUUGGAUCUUCGGAUGAUGAAGAUGCAGAAGAAUAUGUCCGGAAUGACGUUGACCAGGAUGAACAUAGAUCGCCUAUCGAAGAUGAAGAAGGCUCUGAAAAGGAUCUGAGACCCGAUGAUACGGGGCUUGAUGAUGAUAUGGCCCCUGAAGAGGAUCCUCAAUACGAGUCAGAAGCUGAGCAUGUUGAACCUAGGUACAGGGAGAAGCCAGUUGGCCCCCCUUUGGAAGUGGAGGUUCCUUUCCGCCCUCCUCCAGGUGAUCCACUUAAGAUGACCAUGAUAAAAGUUUCCAAUAUCAUGGGAAUUGAUCCAAAGCCAUUUGAUGCCAAAACAUUUGUUGAAGAAGACACAUUCGUGACAGAUGAACCCGGAGCAAAGAAGCGUAUUCGUCUGGAAAAUAAUAUUGUUCGCCAUAGGUUUGUUAAGGGUCGAGAUGGCAAAACAUAUAGUGAAAGUAAUGCUCGGUUUGUAAGGUGGUCAGAUGGAAGCUUACAGCUAUUGAUAGGAAAUGAAGUUCUUGAUAUAACUGAACAAGAAGCAAAACAAGACCAGAAUCACCUCUUUACCAAACAUGAAAAG